UCACUUUCAUUUAUAUGUUUACUUUUAAACUAAACACACUACAAUUACUUAAAGAACAUUUUUGAAAAGAAAUGUUUAAAGAAAAAUUCAAGUACUAUAAAAAUUUGGAUUAUUCUGUAAAUGAACCUGAUCUAAUAGAUGUUGACAAAAUAAAUGAUGUCAGUGAGUUUGUGGAAAGAAAAUAUUUAGUCAAUCAUGAGUUUGAUUGUGAAUUUCUUAGUGGCCUUGGUUUAAAUAGUAAUGUAUUUGAAUGGAAAUGUUACAAUUUUAUUAAAAAACCAGGCUUAGUUAUAAUCCGAAAUCCGUUCACUAAAAAGGGGGAAAAAACUUGGAUUCAAAGAUGUGUGGCAAGCUAUACAAGAAAACCAAAUAUUUUGAAUAUUGAUGCACAUAAUAUGUUGAAAACUGAUGAAGAUUGGUGGACAACAGUAAAUAAAACUGGUGAUAUUUUAUUGAAAAACAAAUUGAGAUGGGCAACGCUAGGAUAUCAUCAUAAUUGGAAUACAAAGAUUUAUUCUGAAUCCGCAAGAUCUGAAUUUCCUUCAGAGUUAGCUGAACUCAGUAGAACUAUUAUUAAAUUACUAAAUUUUCCUGAUGAAUUUGUCGCUGAGGCUGCAAUUAUAAACUUUUACCAUCUAUCAUCAACACUUUGUGGUCACACUGAUCAUUCUGAGAUUAAUAUAAGUGCUCCACUAUUAUCAAUUAGUUUUGGUUUGAGUGCAAUUUUUCUUAUUGGAGGAUCUACUUUAGAUAAAAAUGCAUUUGGAAUUCUUUUAAAAACAGGAGAUAUUGUCAUCAUGAGUGGAGAGAGUCGACUUAGUUUUCAUGGUAUACCUAAGGUGUUACCAUUAUUAAAUGAUAAUGAUCUCGAUGAUAGUUAUGAUUGGAAACCCUUUAAAAACUUUAUACAAGAUACUAGGAUAAAUAUUAAUGUCAGACAAGUGAAUAACUAAGGAUUAUAAUCAAAAUAAAAUUAUCUUUUAAAUUAUAAAAAAUUUCUAUUAUUAGUAAUGGUAAAUUUAUAUCCAUUUCAUAAUAAAGAAUCAUAAAAGAUUUGUUUUUUAUCAAUUCUA